AUGGGCCAUACUGUUCACUUCGAUUUCGACACCAGCGACCCCAGUUCUCCUACGCUUGCACAACUAUGCGGGCUUCAAGUUCGAUAUCGGGGAUCCAACAUUAAGAAUAAUCAUCUUGACCCAAUUCGGAAAUUGGCCAGCAAGUUGAAAGCGAACGAUACUUCUCGUGAGAAUACGGAGAAGCUCGGCAGUGGCUUUGGAGACCUUGCUGUCAUUCUCUUGGAGCCUGGUGACAGAGAAGCCUUUUGCAAGUACAAGGAUAUCAUUGAAGAUCAAUCCCAUGCUUCAGCCUUGAGGAUGGUGGAUUGCGCCCUCCAACUUGCAUUUGAUGGCGAGCGAUCUAUUCAUGACACUGUGGUUCUUGAUUCAAAACCAUUUCGCAGCAAAAAAGCCCAAGAAUUCGAAGACCAGGAAACAAAAGCAGCGAAAGACAGACUGGCUCGCAAUGCUGUGCAAGAAUCUCUGUCACUUCUUCAACCCAAAGUCAUUCUUGUCUGUCACUGCAAGUCGAUGGCGGGAGGUAUAAAUGAGCCUGACAGCCAGACAUCGUCAAUAAAAAGAGCAUGUGACGUGCGUCACGAGCAGCUUAAUACAGGCCAUCCGUACAUACGUGUUUUCAGUUUUCACCCAGGAUACGUAUACAGGAUGACAGAGUACGAAAAGUACGAGAAGAAUAUGCGGCAGAGCCUCUUCAACCUCACAUUUCUAGUUGCGGCUAAUAUUCUAAUUGGACGAGAAAUAAAUGGUCCAGGUAUUUUGAAUGUCAGGGACCGAGUCGUACUUGGUUAUUUCAUUCCUCCUCCGCCUCCUGAGUAUGCCACUCCGGAUCAUGUUAUUGAACAACUAAAGGUACUCGAGAUUUACAGUGAUGAUGAACAUCCGGAGUUUCGAAGGCUACUCGAAACUUACCGAUCAGAAAGGUCUCGAUGA